UCGGCUGCUGUGUAGCAGGCAGGAGAGGAAGAUGGAGGAGAGCACUGUUAGAGACGGCGACACUGGAAGUGAAACCGGAGGAGAGGAUGCCUUGGUGGGGAAUGUGAACAAACUGACAGUGAGCCCACCAGGAUACACUGGAGCUCUACGAAAAGGACACCUGGUUUUUGAUGCUUGCUUUGAGAGCGGAAACCUCGGCCGUGUUGACUACAUCAGUGAGUUUGAGUUUGACCUCUUCAUCCGGCCUGACACCUGCAACCCCCGCUUCAGAGUCUGGUUCAACUUCACGGUGGAGAAUGUCCGUGAGACACAGAGAGUCAUUUUCAAUGUGGUCAACUUCUCCAAGACCAAGAGCCUGUACAGAGAUGGCAUGUCUCCUGUGGUGAAGUCAACCAGCAGGCCGAAAUGGCAGAGGCUCCCCGCCAAAAACGUGUACUACUACCGCUGCCCUGACCACCGGCGCAACUACGUCAUGUCCUUCGCCUUCUGCUUCGACAGAGAGGACGAUGUUUACCAGUUUGCUUACUGCUACCCCUACACCUACUCCAGACUGCAGCACUACCUGGCCAGCCUGGAGCGCAGGAACCUGCCCUACCUGCAGAGGGAGCAACUGGGACUCAGUGUUCAACAGCGGCGUCUCGACCUGUUAACCAUCACCAACUCAGCCCCAGACCACCUGAGUCCCGAGAGGGAGAAGAAGCUGGUCUUUCUUACGUCCCGUGUUCACCCUGGAGAGUCUCCUGCCUCCUUCAUCUGUCAAGGUGUGAUUGACUUCCUGGUAAGCCAACAUCCUGUGGCUCAGAUCCUGAGAGAUCAUGUGAUCUUCAAGAUCGUCCCCAUGCUAAACCCUGAUGGGGUCUACCUGGGCAACUACAGGUGUUCUUUGAUGGGCUUCGACUUGAAUCGCCACUGGCAGGAUCCCUCUCCAUGGGCCCACCCCACGCUGCACGCUGUCAAGCAACUCAUAGUGCAGAUGAACCAAGACCCUGACAUACCAACAGAUGUGGCAGCUUAUGUGGCACUAACAGGCCCGAAGCAGAGCGCUGCCUGUGCCCGUUCAGCCUGA